AUGCGACUCUGUAUAAUUGAUGCCUUGAUGGACUUUGAAUUAAAUCCUCCAGAAAAUGAUGGCCUCGCAAAUAAAUCUGCAUUGAUCCCAAAAAUCAUUCAUCAAACUUACAAGUCAGACAAGAUUCCUGAAAUUUGGAAAGCAGGCCAACAAGCUUGCAUCGAUCUACAUGAGGGUUAUCAGUAUAUUCUUUGGACCGACGAAAUGGCUAGAGAGUUUAUCAGUGAAGAGUUUCCUUGGUUUUUAAAGACGUGGGAUAAUUACCGAUAUAACAUUCAAAGAGCUGAUGCUAUACGGUAUUUUGCAUUAUAUCACUAUGGUGGAAUAUACAUUGAUUUAGAUGAUGGGUGCGAACGAAGACUAGAUCCAUUGUUGACAGUUUCUGCAUUUGUUAGAAAAACUAUGCCAACAGGUAUUUCAAAUGAUGUUAUGGGAAGUGUACCUAACCACCCUUUCUUUUUGAAAGUCAUUGAAUCAUUGGAAAAAUACCAACGAAGUUGGUUAGUGCCUUACAUCACAAUUAUGAUUUCGACGGGACCUUUAUUUCUUUCAGUUAUUUGGAAACAAUACAAGAGAUGGGGUGUACCUGAAGCAGGUAAAAUUCGGAUUCUUAUGCCUGAAAAUUAUAAAGGAUACAAGUAUUCAUUUUUCGCUAUAGCUCCUGGGUCUUCGUGGCAUAUGAGUGAUGCAAAUUUCAUCAAAAGUUUAGCUAAUCAUUUAGUUUUGGCUAUUAUUGGUGGUUUUCUUAUUGCACUUGCCAUAUUGGCAUUGGAAUAUUUAUUUUACUCAUUUAUCAUUUCAGCGUUUUUUAAGAAAUUAACUGGCAGAAUUGCAAACUUUUUUAUGUGGAUCAUAACGGGAAUAUUGAGGUUUUUCAAUUUGGAUAAAUUUAUAGAAUCAAACCAAACAAUGAGGCAGUAUAGAUUGCUCAAUGAACCUGGGUUGACCAAUACAACAAUAGAAAAGAAUUUAGAACAAGGAGAUGUUAGUGGUGGCGAGAAUGAUAACGAAAACAAUAACGAUGAUGAUGAUAACGAUGUUGAAGAAUCACUUGGAGGAACUAUAGAUAACAAGAAGAAAAGACGAAAAACAGCAGGAUCAAAGACAACAAAAAUGAAGGGCAUAAAUAUAAUGCAAUAUUUGAAGAAAAAUCCAACUAUUAAGAGACGCAGUCGUAAAGACUCAAAUCUUCCAUUUGAUAUAGAAAUGAUGGAAAAAUUGAUAGCACAAGAUAAUCUGGUUGUAGUGGCAGAUAAAGAUUCUAAUAAAGAAUUGUUUACAAGUGAAUGUUUCCAAGUAUCUUCGGGUGAUGAUGCUUCUUGUUCAGACCGAAGUAUUAAUGCUGAAGCUGACGUUGCUGCUGAAGAUGCCGAUAUUCUGACAAAUGAUGAAUUUAAUGAUGAGUAUAAUGAUAAUAUUGUAUAA